AUGCCUCCACGAUUACCUACACGAGCCUUCACGGCGCUGCCAUUCUCCCACCAGGCCGUUGCAAGCUCAUCGACCUUGCCCUCGUCAUCGGGUACGACUUCGAAGCCUCACCGAAGACCUGCUAGUCCCCGAAUCUCGCAUGCACAACCUCUCAGUACUGUGAGAGGUAGAUCACCAACAGUACAUCAGACUGAGAAGAGGAGAUCAUUUCAUUCUACCCCAGUUCACCGAGCAUCAGCCAAGAAUCCGUAUGAAACUUUAGGUGUGUCGAAAGAUGCUAGUGCAUCUGAUAUAAAGAAGGCGUACUAUCAGCUUGCAAAGAAAUGGCAUCCUGAUUCAAGUAAGGAAAAAGACGCAAAGGACAGGUUCCAUGAGAUACAAGGUGCCUACGAUAUCCUCUCUGACGAUACCAAACGACAAGCAUAUGACCGAUAUGGUUCAGCAUCGACUCAGGAAGGGUUCGAUCCUAAUGGAUUCGCUAGCGGAGCUGGAGGAUUCGGAGGAUUCCAAGGGUUUGGUGGCGGGUUUGGUCAAGGCGGAAAUGCCGGGGAUCUAUUUGAACAGUUAUUCGGAUCUGCGUUUGGUGGAGGAGCAAGGGCCGGCGGUGGAUCUGGUGGACCUGGUAGAUCAAGACCGGUACGUGGAGAUGAUUUGGAAGCUGGAAUAUCAUUAUCAUUCCUGGAAGCUUGUAAUGGAUCUACAAGAAAAAUCACUAUCACUCCUGUAGUCGAUUGUAAACCUUGUUCUGGAUCGGGAUUAAAACCAGGUUCUAAGAAAUCACAAUGUUCAACAUGUAGAGGAACCGGGCAACAAACUUUUAACGUGCAAGGAAUGUAUAUGGCUUCGACUUGUCAAGCUUGUGGAGGAGCAGGAGAGACUAUACCAAGAAAUUCAAGAUGUGGUGAAUGUGAUGGAGUUGGUAAAAUCAAAGAGAAAAAAGAAGUCGAAGUUGAGAUUCCUGCAGGUGUGGAAGAUGGUAUGAUGAUUAGAAUACCCAGUCAAGGUGAUAUGCCUCUAUCUGCCGGUGGUGCUGGAGGUCCACCCGGUGAUCUUUUGGUCAGAGUAUCAGUUAAACCGUCUUCCGUGUUCAGAAGACAAGGAACAAACUUAUAUCAUGAUGCCAAAGUUCCUCUUCAUGUAGCUCUUCUAGGUGGUAUAAUUAGAAUACCAACGUUAGAAGGUGAUGUAGACGUCAAAGUCAAAGGUGGUACUCAAAAUGGCGAAGAAGCCGUUCUGAGAGGUAGAGGUGUUAAAUCAGUUUACGGUACUAGAGGUAGAAAUGAAAGAGGCGACUUAAUUGUCGGAUGGAGGAUUCAAAUACCCAGAUCAUUAUCACCUAAUCAAAAGAAAAUCCUACAAGCAUACGCAGACGAUGUAGAAGGUCGACCAUCAAAUAUAUCUUUCUCUCCUCCUUCAGCAUCAAACGGUGAGGCAUCUUCCUAUAAUGCAGGCCAUGAAUUCGAGAGACCAUAUCGUCCCUCCCCCUCUUCCAGUCCAAGUAGCCGUCCUACUUCGGAUACUACCUCUGGAUCAAAUGCACCUGUCGAUCCGGAAGAAUCAGCCGCCCCGUCUGAUUCUUCUGUAGGAGGAAAAGUCGCUUCUGUAGUAGGAGGGGCGAUAGGUUGGCUCGAAAAACUCUUGGGAAGGCGGUGA